AUGAAAAAUGCAGCCGCUCGUCCAAUUGUGGAGUUAGACGACAUUGAGCUGGUGUGGCUCCUGCAAAGGUUUGUCCUCGAAGUCCGUGACGGUGGCGGCCAGGAGUACUGUGCCAAAACCGUCCACGAGAUAAUGGUUGAGCUGCAGAGAGCUGUCAGGACAAAGCGGCCUGACUGCAGCUUCUUUUGCUCCUGGGAAUUCAAGUCGUUCCAGGACGUAAUGGAUGGCCUCAUGAAGCAAUCUGCAAGAUUUGGCCAACCAAAGACGAAGCAGGCCCUGGCAAUAUGGCCUAAAGAUGAAGAUGUUCUUUGGAAGUCGGGUGUGUUGGGCGGAAGAAACCCAAAGCAGCUUGUUGACACGAUGUUUUAUCUUGUUGGCAAGAAUUUUGCACUGCGCAGCGGAGAAGAGCACCGUGCGUUGCGCUUUGGUUCCACCAGCCAGAUCAAGCUGGUGGAGAAGGACGGGGAGCGCCCGUACCUUCUGUACACGGAGGAAGUUUCGAAGAGUUACCAGGGUGGUCUCAAGACCCGGAAACUGACCCCCAAAACGGUCAAAGCCUUCAAUAAUCCGCAGUGCCCCGAGCGGUGCAUUGUCUCACUCUUCAAAACCUACACGGACAAGCGUCCAGAUAGCAAUGAGUUUUAUCUCAAGCCGCUGAGAAAACCAACCGAGGAGAAAUGGUUUUCAGUACAACCAGUUGGGAAGAAUACCUUGCGCACCAUGGUGUCGGACAUGUGUGCCCGUGCUGGCCUGAAGGGCUACUACACCAAUCACUCUCUCCGCCGAACGUGUGCCACCGUCCUCUACGAUGAGGGCAUGGACGAGCAGCUGAUUAAAGAACACACCGGUCACCGCAGCGAGUCCGUCCGAGCCUACAAGACGACGUCGCAUAAAAGCGAGAUGUGUGCAUCUGAUGUGCUCAAUGGUUGUAAGGAGAGCACUCCUCACACAAAGAAGUCAGAACCGGAAGCCGAAGAGAAGGCACAGCUCAACCCUGCAUCAGCGGCGCACUCAGGAAUGUCCAAGCCUGCUGAAGGUGCAGCUAGUGAGCCUGUUGAGCCAGAUGCAAAGAGGUCUCCUCUCGCAAGCAUCGGCAACAUCUAUGCACAGCAAGGAGCUACCAUGAUCAUCAACAUGAAGUAG